AUGGAGCUGCGUCAAUCCAGACCGUAUAAUACUGAAGGAAGGAAAACAACACAUGACUUUCUUUCACUCUACUCACCUGCUGUAGCCCAACAAGAUCCCAGGUCUCCCCAAGGUGGCUUUCUGAAAACCCAUAAUUUCUUGCAACCAUUAGAGCAAGGUAGUAAUAAUGUUGCUAAGGAAGAAGACGUGAUCGAGAUCAAGGAUGUUGAAAAGCCUCCUCCACAGGCUGCAGCUCUUCCUUCAAAUGUAGAACAUAUUCUUCCUGGUGGGAUUGGGACUUAUAGCAUUACUUAUUUCAAUCAGAGGUUCCCAAAACCAGAAGGGAACAACAUGUUUAUGAUGGCACAAGCCAGUAGUAACAACGUCAAUGAUGAAAACUCAAACUGCAGUUCAUACACUGGAGGAAGUGGAUUCACUCUUUGGGAUGAAUCUGCUUCAGCAAAGAAGGGAAAGACAGGGAAGGAGAAUAAUGCCGCUGACAGGCCUGUUCUUAGAGAAUCAGGUAUAAAUGUUGGGUCAGGGGAGUGGCCAGCAUCAUUGGAGCGGCCGUCACAAUCCUCUUCCAACCAUAAGCCGAACAUAAGAUCAUUCAGCUCUCUUUCAUCAUCUCAGCCAACUUCACCACCGAAGAAUCGUGGUUUCGUGAACAUGCUAACAUCUGCAAAGAACUCUCAAGAAGAUGACGACGAUGAUGAAGAGGAAGAGUUCACUGUAAAGAAAGAACCAACGUCUCAUCCAAAAGGCAACUUGUCAGUUAAGGUUGAUGGAAGAAGCAAUGAUCAGAAGCCAAGUACUCCACGUUCAAAACAUUCGGCUACAGAGCAACGUAGGAGGAGCAAGAUCAAUGACAGAUUUCAGAAGCUGAGAGAGAUCAUCCCUCAUAGUGACCAGAAAAGAGACAAGGCAUCAUUCUUGUUAGAGGUUAUUGAAUAUAUCCAAUUUCUGCAAGAGAAAGUAGAAAAGUACGAAGGGCCUUAUCCAGGAUGGAACCAGGAAGCACCCAAGUUGAUGCCUUGGAGAAAUCCAAGAGCUGGUGAGGACCUUGGUAAUUCUAAUCAUGCCAUGAAAUUGGGGUCAAAUCCAGCAUUAAUGCUCCCUGCAAAAUUUGAAGGGGGCAAAGUGAGUAGCUCUCCACCACGCUUGAUCAAUGGACAUCAUCUAGUAGUUGAACCCAACUUGACCAAUCCCUCUCCUUUCAGAGAAAAGCCUGAGUCAACGAAUACUACAGCAUCGAUCCCAAUGUCACAGGGCCCAAGUUUAUUUCCUUUUGGUGGAAGCAGCAGUGCACCGGUACCGCUUUCAUCUAGGCCAGUAUCUGAUGCAGAGCAAACAGCAUCUCAGCCUUCUCCACAGUUUUGGCCUAGAGACUCUUUUACAGCGGAUAGCACUAUAACAGAUAAGCUGAAAGACCAGGAACUAGCUAUUGAGAGUGGUACAAUAAGCAUCUCAAGCAUUUAUUCUCAAGGGUUGUUCAGUAAGUUGACACAAGCGUUGCAGAGUUCCGGGAUCGAUCUGUCUCAGGCGAAUAUUUCAGUUCAGAUUGAUCUUGGGAAAAGGGCCAAUGGUAGAGUUAAUUCAUCAGCCUCAAUAAUUAAGGACAUGGACAUGCCAUCGAGACAUCAAGCAGUACCAAGAUCUAGUGUUAUAAGCACAGGGGAAGAUUGUCCUGGUCAAGCUCUUAAGAGGAUCAAAACUUGCAGAAGCUAG